AUGUGUUUUGAGCUCAUUUAUGAAGCAUUAUUUAAUCAUCUCAAGACAAACCUAAAAAGGGUCAUCGUUCUCUUUACCGAAUCUGCAGCUCUCACAUGUGUACUUAUUGCCUACCUUACACUGAUGGAGAAUGAAAGCAGUGUGACAGAAUUCAUUCUGUUGGGACUUACACAGGAUCCAAGGAUGCAGACAAUCCUCUCUGUUGUGUUUUUAUUCCUCUACAUCAUCACCGUGGUGGGAAAUCUGAUCAUUGUGGUAACCGUAGCUUCCAGUCAGACUCUGGAUUCCUCCAUGUAUUUCCUUCUGGCUCACUUGUCGUUUAUCGAAGUCUGCUAUUCCUCAGUCAACACACCUAAAUUAAUUGUCGACUCCCUCUCUGAUAAGAAAAUCAUCUACUUCAAAGGCUGUAUGGCCCAGGUCUUUGGAGAGCAUUUUCUUGGCGGGGCUGAGAUCAUUCUCCUCAUGGUGAUGGCCUAUGACCGCUACGUGGCGAUAUGCAAGCCGCUGCACUACACAGCCAUCGUGAGUAGACAUCUCUGUAGCUCACUGGUGGCCGUGGCCUGGGCUGGAGGUUUCCUUCAUGCCACAGUACAGAUUCUCUUCAUGGCACACUUACCAUUCUGUGGCCCCAAUGUCAUCGACCACUUCAUGUGCGAUUUAUACCCCUUGCUGAAACUGGUCUGCUCGGAUAAUCACACCUUGCACCUGCUGGUUGCUGUUAACAGUGGUGGCAUGUGCGUGUUAAUCUUUGUCCUGUUGAUGAUUUCCUAUGCCUUCAUCUUGCACUCCCUGAAGACCCACAGUGCUAGAGUGAGAGCCUACAUGACACAGAUCCAAAUCAAUCUGAAAGUGGAUGAAGAAAUUAAAAUGGAGCAAUUAUAUUACACAAAAGAGAGAAACCGCAUGGUCUAUUGGAAAGAAACCAUAGGUAAAGAUCUUCUGAGGCUCAGACUUGGAGCAUCUAGCUGA